GAAGACAGAUUCCUGAUUAACAAUGCCUGGCAGAGUGUGCUGUUGCUGUGCUGCUUUGCGACCUCGCUACAAGCGUCUGGUAGAUAACAUAUUUCCUGAAGAUCCAAAAGAUGGUCUUGUUAAAGCCGAUAUGGAGAAGCUGACUUUCUAUGCGGUUUCUGCACCAGAAAAGCUGGAUCGUAUUGGUGCAUACCUAGCAGAGAGACUGAGCAGAGAUGUUGUCAGACAUCGUUAUGGGUAUGUUUUAAUUGCCAUGGAGGCAUUGGACCAGCUUCUAAUGGCUUGCCAUUCUCAAAGCAUAAAACCAUUUGUGGAAAGUUUCCUUCAUAUGGUGGCCAAGCUUCUGGAGUCGGGGGAACCAAAGCUGCAGGUUCUUGGAACUAAUUCU